AAGAGCACACGGCCACUGAGACGGCAUAGACGACCAUCCUUUAAACCACGAGCUAGACCUUGCACGAGCCAGCCACUGAGCUUGAGCACCAACCCUACUGCGUGUUCAAACCCACAACCCGCCGCCGUGGUAGAAGGAUCCACCGGCACACACCACACCAAUAGAAAGAGAACCCGAGCUCAACGAAAAAACGAGAGCCGAGAAACUCGAUCCCAAGCCGAGCGACCCCUUGGACCUGUAGCGGCGAACCGCCGUUGACCCGUAGAAGCCACGCCGACCCUCCCACUCGAAGACAAAGGAAAGCUAGACGAGAUCAAACCGUGAAAAAUCGAUCUCGAUCCAACCCAAAAAACCGACUACAGCCACCACCAACCUCUUAACCCACUCGCCGAAACCAUAGAGAGACGGAGAGACCACCGGAGAAGAAGCGCCUCUGCAGCGGAGCACUCACCGGCGUCAAACCCUAGCCCACGACUCCGUGCAUAUCGAAGGUAAGAAGACUGGUGAAGCGGCGGCAGCAAAACGAGAAGGGCAAUAGAAAGAGGGCCUCCGGACGCCGGUACGCGCCGUCACACGCCGUUUGAGCUCCGGGGGAAUCAGAUCUCAGAAAGUCGUCUCCAAGAGAUAAGGUGGAGAGAGAAAAUCUAUUGUUCGGGUGUUUUAAGAUUCUGGCUGAUUAGAUGUUAGAGAAUGAUAUAUAUAUAUAUAUAUACUAGAAUCAAACUCAAAUAAGUGUGAAGCGUGAUGGAUUCCCGCAAAGUUCUAGAUGUUUAGUCUCAUGAAUUUGCACAUUUUCGGCCUAUAGUAUUUCAUAUAUAAUAUAAGGAGUAGACGUUGGACUUUAUUUAUGGUUACCCACGUGAUCAACCGGAUGAUUCAAAGACGACUUAAUCAAAUUAAAAUUAUUUUAAAGAAUCGCUAUAAAUUCCUGCACAUGAAUCCAUCAUCAACUUGCUCGUCUAAAUAUCACAAAACUAUGUUUAUAGAUAUUUAUAUCAUAGUUGUUGAAAUUAUAAUAAUAUCUUUUAGGAUGAUGGACCUUUUUCCCUUAUUUUAAUCCUUAAAACUACAGUAUACUAUUAACUUGCCAACGAACAUGAGGCAACGACUUCAUGAUCAUUAUUAUAGGAGAAAUGCUUAGCUCUUUGCAUCUACUAACAACAUGGCGACUUCCAAAUUUACCUUUUUCAUCAUCCUUUUUCUUUUAGGCCUUACUGAGAAAUCCUCGACCGCAUCGCGUAUAAACUCUCGCAAGAGUUGCAAUUUUCCGGCUGUUUAUAACUUUGGAGAUUCAAAUUCAGAUACUGGAGCUAUAUCUGCGGCUAUAGGAGAAGUUCCUCCACCAAACGGAGUUGCCUUCUUUGGAAGAUCUGCGGGGAGACAUUCUGAUGGCCGUCUCAUUAUAGACUUCAUUACCGAGAAUCUGACGUUGCCGUAUCUAACACCUUACUUGGAUUCGGUUGGAGCUAAUUAUCGGCAUGGGGCUAAUUUUGCGACUGGCGGCUCUUGCAUCCGCCCGACCGUUGCUUGUUUUAGUCAGUUCCAUCUUGGAACUCAAGUGUCCCAAUUCAUACAUUUCAAGACUCGCACAUUGUCUCUCUAUAACCAAACCAACCGAAAAACUCCAUUCUGCAAAGGAGUCCUUGCACGGCCUAAAGAUUUCUCAAAGGCUCUUUACACUUUCGAUAUCGGUCAGAAUGAUCUCGCCAUCGGGUUCCAAAAUAUGACAGAGGAACAACUCAAAGCAUCUAUACCGGCAAUCAUCGAAAGCUUCACUACUGCUAUAAAAUUGUUGUACAAAGAAGGAGCAAGAUUCUUCUCAAUUCACAACACCGGACCAACGGGCUGUUUACCCUAUCUUCUGAAAUCAUUUCCAGCUACACCUCGAGAUCAGUAUGGUUGCUUGAAGCCUCUAAAUAAUGUGGCAAUUGAGUUCAACAAACAACUCAAGCAGAAAAUCUCUGAACUGAACAAAGAGUUACCUUCUUCUCUCUUAACUUACGUUGAUGUCUACUCAGCUAAAAACCAUUUGAUCAUCAAAGCAAAGAAUCUUGGUUUUGUUGAUCCUUUUGAUUAUUGUUGCGUUGGGGCGGUCGGGCGUGGAAUGGGAUGCGGAAAGACAAUAUUUCCAAAUGGAACAGAACUUUAUAGUUCUUCCUGUCAAAACCGACAAAAUUUCAUAAGCUGGGAUGGUAUACAUUGCUCGGAAACCGCGAAUAUGCUAGUCGCAAAUCGGAUCCUCGAUGGAUCAAUAUCCAAUCCGCCUCUCCCAACCCAAAGAGCUUGCAAGCUUACGGAAAAUGUAGUUGGCAAAAUAUGAAUUAAUAAAUGUUUAAGAAUAGCCGAAUGGUUUGAUUUUGCCGUUAUAAUCAUUGUCGACUGUUGGACGGUGUUUUUUUUUUUUUUUUUAAUUCUAUCAUUAAGGAACGAAGAGAAUAUUAUCUAUUAUUUCCUCCGUUUCAAUUUUUUUUGUCAUCAUUCCCUCUGUUUCAAUAUAUAAGAUG